GGCAUCGCGAGACUUCCUCCAUCGCGAUGGCGUCAAUGAAGAAUGUGAAGAUCUCGCGAUAGUAGUUGGUGGUGUGGGCCCCUCGAAGAAGGUGUGCUUCAUGGCGGUUACGGAGACUGCGGGAAGUGAAGCACUGACGAUGGAGAAUGGACAAGGCACAGGCUCGAAGCUUGGCCUGCCGCCUCUCACCCCGGAGCAGCAGGAGGCGCUGCAGAGGGCAAAGAAGUAUGCCAUGGAACAGAGCAUUAAGAGUGUGUUGGUGAAGCAGACCAUUGCCCAUCAGCAGCAACAACUUACAAACCUGCAGGUGGCGGCUCAGCGGCAGCGCGCUCUAGCCAUCAUGUGUCGGGUGUAUGUGGGCUCCAUAUACUACGAACUUGGUGAGGACACCAUUAGACAGGCCUUUGCCCCCUUUGGCCCCAUCAAGAGUAUUGACAUGUCUUGGGAUUCUGUGACAAUGAAGCACAAGGGCUUCGCCUUCGUGGAGUACGAUGUGCCAGAGGCUGCACAGCUGGCACUGGAGCAGAUGAACUCAGUCAUGCUUGGUGGGCGAAAUAUCAAGGUGGGGCGGCCAAGUAACAUCGGUCAGGCGCAACCCAUCAUUGACCAGCUGGCAGAGGAGGCGCGCGCCUUUAACCGAAUCUACGUGGCAUCCGUCCACCCUGACCUGUCAGAUGAUGACAUCAAGAGUGUGUUUGAGGCCUUCGGAAGGAUCAAGUCCUGUACAUUAGCCAGGGACCCCACCACAGGACGACACAGGAGCUUUGGCUUCAUUGAGUAUGAGAAGCCACAGUCGGCCCUGGACGCUGUGUCUUCUAUGAACCUCUUUGACCUGGGGGGUCAGUAUCUUCGGGUGGGCAAGGCUGUGACCCCACCCAUGCCACUGCUGACCCCCACAACUCCUGGUGGUCUGCCGCCUGCAGCGGCUGUAGCCGCAGCGGCAGCUACCGCUAAGAUAACGGCCCAGGCAAGUAUGAAUCCCUUCCAAAGGGAUUUAAUGGCCUUCCAGGAGGCUGUAGCCGGGGCAUCAGUUCUGGGGGCGUUAGCUGCGCCCCAGCUUCUAAGUCAGCAGAUGGGGAUACCUCAGGCUGUCAUGGCUGCCCAGGCGCCAGGGGUCAUCACAGGUGUGACCCCAGUGCGGCCUCCAAUGCCAGUGCUUCCCCAGGUGGGCCUUGUAAAUCCUGUGCUAGCAUCACCACCAGUCCUGUCUAAUCAAGCCAUGGCUGGUGGCCAAAACCAACAAGAGAAGAAAGAAGAGAAGGAAGAGAUGUUGCAGGACGGAACGGGGCAGGAGAUGCUGAGUGACCAAGAGCACAUGAGCAUCUCGGGCAGCAGUGCCAGACACAUGGUCAUGCAGAAACUGCUGAGGAAAUCAGAGUCCACGGUUAUGGUGCUCCGGAACAUGGUGGGACCAGAGGACAUCGACGACGACCUGGAGGGCGAGGUGACAGAAGAGUGCGGCAAGUUUGGUGCCGUCAACAGAGUCAUCAUAUACCAGGAAAAGCAAGGCGAGGAGGAGGAUGCAGAUAUCAUCGUCAAGAUCUUUGUAGAGUUUUCCUUGGCCUCGGAGAUGAACAAAGCUAUCCAGGCCCUCAACGACCGCUGGUUCGGAGGGCGCAAAGUUGUCGCAGAGGUGUACGACCAAGACCGCUUCAACAGCAGUGAUCUGUCCGCAUAAACUGUCUGAAAUGGUUAAACCAGCACCCAUCCCAUCCCUGUUGCCCACACUCAUUUCAGCCACAGCCACUGCAGCUAGAGAUGCGGGCCUCUUAAACUUGUAAUUAUAUUUUUAUUUUCUUUUGUUGUUUUUUUAAACUGAUGUUGAUAUUAUUAUUGUCAAAGGCCCCGUUGGGGAACCGGUUAAACCAUAUUUCCGCCUCAGAUUUUGCUUUGUGAUCUGUGAAGACUCCUUUUUUUUUGUGUAUGUUUUAAACUUUUGUAAUCAGGUAUCGUAAAACAUUAGUUUUUUCCCACAUUUGCUGAUGUUUUUUUUUCUUCCUCCUGAAAUUGUCAGCUUAUGUAAACACUUUUCUUUCUACGAUUAAAGAGUGGUUUGUCCACAAAAUGUGUGAUGCAAAUUUCUUCUGGACUGUUGUGAGAGACAUUUGGAGAAUGAAGGAUCCAGUGAAAGAUGCUCAGUCAUGUAUUUCUUACCGCGUUUCAGGGUUCUGGUUUUAGAGCAUAGGGAAGGUAUUGGUAUUUGAUUAUUCAGCAAAAACUUAUCAAUAAAGAAUGCCUUUGUUCACCA